AUAUGUCAAUGCGUUUUUUUCGUUCUUUUCAUCGGAAAAUUUGUGAGCUUUCCCAUUUUUGUUUCAAAAUUCUGGGGAGACUUCGAUAAAACCUGUAUAAAAAGGAUUUUAAAUUGUGACGAGAAAGUUUAUAAAUUGUAACGCGUGUGUGUGUUAAUAAGAAUGGGGAAUGUUUUGGCCGCAUCGUCUAGCUCUAGCUCAUCGCUAGACGCUGCCAAAUUGGGAUUGCCGGAACUAUCAAGUCCGUCGCGGAACCCUUCGUCGUCCCCAGUGACAGGACUGGCGGGUUCCGGCGUUAGUGAAGCAGAAUUAAAGGAACAAAAGCUUGAAAACCCCGGCACUGUUGAAGAACUGCAUAAAAAAUGUAAAGACAUUCAGGCAAUGACCUUUGAAGGUGCGAAAGUUAUGCUAAAUAAGGGGUUAAGUAAUCAUUUCCAAGUCUCCCAUACGCUGAACCUCUGUAGUACACAGCCUAGCGGGUAUCGCUUUGGAGCUACUUAUGUAGGAACAAAACAGUUUGGCCCUUCGGAGGCUUUUCCCGUAUUGCUGGGGGACAUUGAUCCCUCCGGAAAUUUAAAUGCCAACAUUAUACACCAAUUUACCCCUCGUGUCCGUUGCAAAUUCGCCUCGCAAAUUCAAGAUUCCAAGCUCACAGCUGCCCAAUUAACAACCGAUUACCGCGGUGACGACUAUACAGCUUCUUUAACUGUUGGUAAUCCAAAUAUUUUCAACAAUUCUGGCGUGUUCGUUGGUCACUACUUACAGUCGGUAACUGAAAACAUCGCGCUCGGUGCCGAACUUGCCUACCAAUACGGUCCUAAUGUACCCGGUGGUCAAAUCGCCGUUGUAUCAGCCGUUGGACGUUAUACACAAGGCGAUUCGGUGUGGUCGGGAACUUUGGGACCUGGUGGCGUACAUGUAUGCUAUUACCAAAAAGCCAGUGAACAAUUGCAGAUUGGUGUCGAAGUGGAAACUAGUCUUAGGAUGCAAGAGUCUGUUGCCACGAUCGGCUACCAAGUGGAUUUACCGAAAGCUGAUCUCGUUUUUAGAGGUUCAUUCGACUCUAAUUGGAAUGUUUGCGGUGUAUUGGAGAAGCGGCUGCAGCCUUUGCCAUUUUCUUUCGCUCUGAGCGGGCGCUUGAAUCAUACUAAAAAUCAGUUUCGACUAGGCUGCGGUCUGAUAAUUGGAUAAUUAGCUUUUGGGUUAAUAGGUGUAAAGGAAGCAAAGUCUACAACGACAGUUACAGUAGCAGUAAUAAAAGCGGAGAAUAAAACAAAAAAUGUUACAGCAGUUUCAGGCAACAAAAACGGUGGAAGAAGUAUCAAAAUAAUAUACAACAGAAAAAGCAACAAAUUUCACAGAUUACAAUUUUUAUUUAUGAUCAGGAUCAACUUUUACAGCACUUCUAAAUUUUUCUUCGUAGUUUUGCUUGUAUUUCUAAGAACAACCUCGAGAGAAAAUUAUUAGUGUAUUUGUUUGUCAACUUCGAACGUAAUUAAAAACUACAGGAGUGAUUAUUAAUUUCAAAUUGCAGUUCUGUUUGGCAAAUGAAUUCACUUAUUGAUAUCUAAUCAAAAUAAUUCGCAAAUACACUCAUUAUAACAAGUAGAGGGGGACAAAACUUGAACAGGAAACAAUUUACGUUGAUCACACAUAUGUAUGCAUCAGCAGAGACGUAAAGGACGCAAAGGCGCACAGAACAUCACCAAAUAACGUAAUCGUAGUUACAGUUAAUUAAAUUUGAUUUACGUAAUGAUUUACCUUUUGUAGUUUAACUAUUUGUUAUAAACAACAUAAAAUAUUGCUUUUAAUUAUUUGAAUCAAAUUUUAAUUAAAAUCCAAAUUAAAAUCAAAGAAAACUAAAUUUAUUGUUAAGAAAAAAUAAAUGAAAAUCAGAAAUGUAUGUAUAUUUGUAAUUAAGUGCGCCGUCUCAUGGGACUGGUUUCACUUGCCCAAAGAAAAAACGAAGAACUAGACAAAAAGAACAAAUGAAACUUUAGGUAAGGUAGAUUACAGAAAACAUUGUAGUA